GCGCUCGCGUUUGAAGUCGUGCUGCCCGGUUACAGCGCGGAGCGCGCAUCAACCCCGCACGCGCCGCGCUGGUUUAAGGGCGGAUCGGGAUUUUUUUGUUUAACGCGGCUUUUCUGGAAUUCCGCGUCUGACCGGGAUUCUCCCGCUCAUCCUGGUUUUCUGCAACAGCUGGCCAGACGCGGUCAUUUACCGGGAUCAUUCCGUUCGUUUCGCGGCAUAAACGCCGGGCGCUUUUGUGUUGAUGCAAAUGAUGCCUCCGGUAAACGCGCGGCGGGGAGAGCGGCGCGUCCGUCGCUCGCGCUGAUGACAAAAGCGGACUCCGGCGAUCAGAGCGCGCGAUAGAAACAGAAAGAAGGAACGUUCACCGGGAAGGACAAUGUCUCUCAGCAGAAGCAUCGAGCUCGAGCACUUUGACGAGCGGGACAAGGCGCGCCGCUCCAAACGCGCCGCUGCCGGGGGGUCGGGCUCGCGCGCGAGCAGUCUGGUCCCGAGCCCCGCGCACAGCGCCAACUGCAGCAUCUACCGCACGCGCACGCUGCAGGCGCUCAGCUCCGAGAAGCGCGCCAAGAAGGUCCGCUUCUACCGGAACGGAGACCGCUACUUCAAGGGUCUGGUGUACGCGGUGUCCGGAGACCGCUUCCGGUCCCUGGACGCGCUGCUGGCCGAGCUGACGCGCGCGCUCGCCGACAACCUGCACCUGCCGCAAGGUGUGCGCAACAUCUACAGCGCGGACGGCGCGAGGAGGAUCACGAGCCUCGAGGAUCUCGAGGAAGGCGAGAGUUAUGUCUGCGCCUCAAACGAGCCCUACAGGAAGGUGGACUACACCAAGAACAGCAACCCUAACUGGGGCUCACGGCUGGCGGGGGCGGGGCCCGGCGCGGGGGCGGGGCCUGGGGGCGGAGCUGGACGCACAGGGGGCGGAGCCGAGCGUCCGGGGCCUCAGCGCACACCUGGAGAGUCGAGGGAGGCCAAAGACUUCAUCAAACCCAAACUGGUGACGGUGAUCCGGAGCGGGGUGAAGCCCAGGAAGGCCGUGAGGAUCCUGCUGAAUAAGAAGACAGCACACUCGUUCGAUCAGGUGCUCGCAGACAUCACCGAAGCCAUCAAACUGGACUCCGGCGUCGUGAAGAGACUCUACACGCUGGACGGGAAACAGUUGACAAGUCUGCAGGAUUUCUUCGGUGAUGAUGAUGUUUUCAUUGCGUGUGGAUUGGAGAAGUUUCGUUACGCUCAGGAUGACGCUGCUAUCGGACACGCGGGGAAGGGUGCCGCGGCUGCGUUUGUCAAUGAGUGUAAGAAAUCACGGCCGUCUGUCCCACCCAAGAUGACCAAGAGCUCCGGAGUCCCGCGCUCAAAAUCACCUGUAUCAGCCAAUGAGGCUCCGAGGAGCGACUCUCCACCGAUGAGGUCAUCGCAGUCGCCCUGCAGCCCUGCAACUCAAUGCAGCCGGAAGACGUCCGAUCAUGAAGCGUCUUCAUCCCCGACCAGAGACCUCCACGAUGAGGAGGUCCUCAGUCCAGAGGUGAAUGGAAAUGAAGUUCAUUCGUCUGUCAUCACUGAGAAGUAUAAAGUGGGGAAGGUGAUCGGCGAUGGAAACUUCGCUGUGGUCCGAGAGUGUGUGGACAGGUCUACAGGACAGGAAUAUGCGCUGAAGAUCAUUGACAAGGCCAAGUGCAGCGGAAAGGAGCACCUGAUAGCCAAUGAGGUGGGGAUAUUGCGCAGGGUUCAUCACCCCAGCAUCAUCAUGCUAAUAGAGGAGCUGGACACGCCCACUGAACUGUACCUGGUGAUGGAGCUGGUGAAGGGCGGUGAUCUCUUUGAUGCCAUCACUUCCUCCACGAAGUACACAGAGCGAGACGCCAGUGCCAUGCUGUUCAACCUGACCGGAGCACUGCGAUACCUGCACAGAAUGAACAUCGUACACCGAGACAUCAAACCAGAGAACCUGCUGGUGUGUGAGUAUCCAGAUGGCACCAAGUCUCUGAAGCUGGGUGAUUUUGGGCUGGCGACAGAGGUAAAGGGACCGCUGUACACCGUCUGCGGGACGCCGACUUACGUCGCACCGGAGAUCAUCGCAGAGAGCGGGUACGGGCUGAAGGUGGACAUCUGGGCUGCGGGUGUGAUCACAUACAUCCUGCUGUGUGGCUUUCCUCCGUUCAGGAGCGAGAAGAACCUGCAGGAGGAGCUGUUUGAGCAGAUCUUACUGGGCAGACUGGAGUUUCCCUCGCCGUACUGGGACAACAUCAGCCUCUCGGCUAAAGAUUUAAUUGGUAAGAUGCUGCAAGUGAAUGUUGGUGCUCGCUACACGGCUGACGAGGUGCUGGAACACCCCUGGGUGCAGGACGAUGCUGUGAUGGACACGAACAUGGCGUGUGAGAUGGAAGAUGUUGUUGAAUCAGAACACACACACAACAACACAGCAGCAGAGGCCGAGGUUAACCUCUCUCACACACACACACACACACACACACACAACAACACAGCAGCAGAGGCCGAGGUGAACCACACACACACACACACACAACAACACAGCAUCAGAGGCCGAGGUGAACCACACACACACACACACACAAACACACACACACAACAACACAGCAGCAGAGGCCGAGGUGAACCUCUCUCUCUCACACACACACACACACCUCAGUUACCUUCAGAUGAUACAUUGUGUCUUGUCUCCUUUGUUACAGGUGGAUCAUCAACAUGGUAACAACCUCAUACAUUUUUAUUUUAAAUUGCAUUUAUUAGGCUUAAACGAUCAAAAGUGGCAGUAAAGACUAUUUCUAAGUCUAUUUCAGAUGAAUGCAGUAAAUGUUGAGUGUAAC